AUGCCUCCUCGCAAGUCCGACCCAGCAGGACCGGCUGCGCCGCGCAAGUCCGAUGUCUCAACAGCUCGAUUCGCGCUGAAAGACGAUGUGCAAGAGGCAACACCAUCACAAAGCGACCAGUCGGCGCCAGCGCACGUGGAACCCGCACCCACGACAGCGCCAGCGGCAGCAGCCGGGACGCCCACAGAGUCCCAUCAGGAGGGCGGCGAGAAACGCGACAAGGACACAUACGCUAUCGAGGACCUCUCACUACCGAAAAGCAUCAUCACCAGGCUCGCCAAGGGCGUGCUACCGCCUAAUACGCAGAUUCAAGCCAACGCUGUGCUGGCAAUGAGCAAAAGCACGACAGUCUUUGUCAACUACCUAGCCUCAUAUGCGAACGAGCACACAGUCAAUGCCAACAAGAAGACAAUCUCACCAGCCGACGUCUUCAAAGCCCUCGAAGACACAGAGUUCGGGUUCCUACGCGCCCGCGUCGAAGCUGAAUUUGCCAAAUUCAACCAGAUACAGACGGAGAAGCGCACAUCGUACCGCGCCAAGGUCAAGGCGUCCAAGGGCGCACCGACCGGCUCCGCCGACGUCUCCAUGACCCAGCCCGGUGGUGGUGGCGGCGAGGACUCAACCAUCUCGCUGCCGGAGCAGCACACCAGCAAGAAGCCGCGCGUGGACCCCACAGUGUCCGCGCCGGAGGAGCACGAAGACGAUGCCGAGACGGAGGAUGAGGCGCCCGUGCCAGAGGACGACGACGACGAUGACGAUGUGCCCGAGGACGAGGACAAUGACGAGGACGAGACGAGGGCGGAGAGUGCCGAUGAGAUGAGGCUGGAUGACGGAGACGAGGUGAAACGGGCUCAGAGAGAUGAGGCCUUGGACGGGGAGGAGAGUGAUUGA